CCGGAUGCUGUAUCCAUGGUGACGAGCGGAAGUCAGCCUGUCAGCUGGUAGGGUUUGGUAAAGAUGGCGGCGGAGGCUGAGUACGAGUCCGUGCUAUGUGUGAAGCCUGAGAUCAGCGUCUACCGGAUCCCGCCGAGGGCAUCCAACCGAGGCUACAGGGCCUCGGACUGGAAGCUGGAUCAGCCGGACUGGACCGGGAGGAUGAGGCUGACGUCCAAGGGGAAGGUGGCGUACAUCAAACUGGAGGACAAGGUGUCAGGAGAACUCUUCGCUCAGGCUCCAGUCGAUCAGUUUCCAGGGCUUGCGGUGGAGACGGUGACAGAUUCCAGCCGCUACUUUGUGAUCAGGAUCCAGGACGGCAAUGGGAGAAGCGCAUUCAUUGGCAUUGGCUUUGCUGACCGAGGGGACGCCUUUGAUUUCAAUGUAUCCUUACAGGAUCAUUUCAAGUGGGUGAAGCAGGAGUCUGAUUUCUCUAAAGAACCCCAGGGGCAGGACAAUCAACCCAAGUUGGAUUUGGGAUUUAAAGAAGGGCAGACGAUCAAGCUGAACAUCGGGCAGAACAUAAAGAAGAAAGAUACCUGUAAGAAUCGAGGGAACGCCAGCGCGGGUGGUAUCGCUCUGCUUCCUCCUCCUCCUGGGGGCAAAAUCACAUUACCAACCGUGCCCAUAACUACUCCAAUAGCCAAUCAUGUUACCCCGCCCCCCUGCAACACAUCCCCCAGUCCAGACAUUCUGCUAGAUUUGGGAUCUCCGGUGCCACCUCCUAAAGCUGCUCCUGCCUCUGCAGACCUGUGGGGUGAUUUCAAUACUGCCAGCAGUCUGUCCUCUGAAGCUCCGCAGUCUUCCAGCUGGGUUCAGUUCUAGCGGCCGCUCCUUGGAAAUCUCUUCCUUUUUUUUUUUUCCCCUCACUCUUCUGGAGAACAGACCGCCCCCUGUCCACCGCCAGGAUGCACAGCCGCUCCCGUACCGCGUAUCAUUGUGACGUCUCCUCAUUAUUUGGGCUGUGUGGGUCUGCCAGGGGGCAACGUGUUUGUGCAUCUCAUACUUUCUUCCUUUUAUGACGCCCCUUCUCCCUGCCCCCGUCCCUGCCUGCUGCCCCUCUGUUACCAUGUUUUACGUCAGUCAACCCCCCUUCCGCCCCUCUCUACUAGUUCCACACACUUAUCAUUCCACACACAUACAUACAGGGUAUAGUGGACUGGCAUUGGGUGCCCGUAUGGCAUCUGUAGGCCAAUGCCCAAUCUGUUCAAGAGCUGCUCUGUUAAUAGACAAAUGACAUCAUUUUAUUUUUAAUUAUUUCUUGACGAUUAUGAACUCUUAUUUCAUUAUUGAGUUUCUGCCAUCCAGGCCCGGUCCGCUGGAUGGGGGAAGGCAAGUCUCAUAUCAUAUCAUUUACUGUAAUCUUUUGGGUUCUAGUAUAACUGCUGACUUCUGGCUGUUGCAAAACUACAACUCCCAGCAUGCCCGGACAGCCAACGGCUGUCCGGGCAUGCUGGGAGUUGUAGUUUUGCAGCAUCAGGAGAUCCCCAGUUUAGAGGGCUCGCUUUUAUCAUGUUCCCCUACAGGGUAAGUGGGAGAGGGGACCGGGGUGGUUAAAUAGACUUGUGUAUUUUGUCUUGUAAUCAUGAAACAUAUUUAUUAUAUAGUGAGUCCUUAUGAAAUAAAAGAACAAAGUGUAUAUAAAAUAAAAUAAAAAUUCAAUAAAUUUAAUGUAUCACCACUUAAGAA